UGAUGGAUGAUGAUGGAUGAUGGAUGAUGGAUGAUGGAUGAUGGAUGGAUGAUGGAUGGAUGAUGGAUGAUGAUGGAUGAUGGAUGAUGGAUGAUGGAUGAUGGAUGGAUGAUGGAUGAUGGAUGAUGAUGGAUGAUGGAUGAUGGAUGAUGGAUGGAUGAUGGAUGGAUGAUGGAUGACGGUUGGCGGAUGGGUGGAGAACAUGGACAGAUGGAGAAGGAUCAAUGGAUGGAGAAGAACAUGGUUGAUGGAUGAAGAUGGCUGGAGAACAUGGAUGGCGGGAGAACAAGAUGGACAGAUUGAUGGACAGAAGGAUGGACAUGAAUGGGUGGGUGGAUGGAUGGAUGAUGGACGGAUGGAUGGGCAGGUGGGUUAUGGACGGAUGGUUGGGGAUGGACAGAUGGGUGGAUGGAGAAGAUGGACGGAAGGACAGACGGAUGGACGGACCCAUGGAUGGAGAGAACACUGGCUCAACAUACAGAUGAUUUGAGAGAUGGACGGACAGACAGACGGAUGGACGGUGGGGGGUGGUGGAUGGACAGACGGAUGGAGAAGAGGGACAGAGAGAAAGUUGGAUCAAUGGAGAUGGACGGACGUGGGACAGAGAAGAUGGACAGAUGGGGGAUGGACGGACAGAAGGACACAUCCGUGUGCGGACAGACGGACACGGGGGCCUGCCCCCUGAGUCCCAGAUCUUAUCUGUGCCCCAGGGGGUGGAGCUUGCACCCCAUUGGCUGACGCUGCCCCAUGAGCCACUAUAAAAACCCGGAGCCCUCGGAGGAGCCGCUGCCCCACGGAGCCGGCACGAUGGGGCCCCCGCAGACGCUGCUGCUCUGGCUUUGCUUCCUGCUCCCAUGUGGUGCCGAACCAGCGGCCACGAGGUGCCGGGGGGGGACAUGUGGGGACGGGACCAUCUGCGCCAUGGGGGACGACGGACCCAAAUGUGUCCCCAAAGCCGCGUGUGACAACGUCCGGUGUGGCCAUGGAACCCAAUGCAAGAUGGCGGACGGGUGGCCCAAAUGUGUCCCCAAACCCUCGUGUGACAACGUCCGGUGUGGCCAUGGAACCCAAUGUAAGAUGGUGGGUGAUGGACCCAAAUGUGUCCCCAAACCAUCGUGUGACAAGAUCCGGUGUGGAGAAGGAACCCAAUGCAAGAUGGUGGACGGGGGACCCAAAUGUGUCCCCAAACCAUCAUGUAGGAACAUCCGGUGUGGCCAUGGAACCCAAUGCAAGAUGGUGGAUGGGUGGCCCAAGUGUGUCCCCAAACCCUCGUGUGACAACGUCCGGUGUGGAGAAGGAACCCAAUGCAAGAUGGUGGAUGGGGGACCCAAAUGUGUCCCCAAACCAUCGUGUGACAACGUCCGUUGUGGCCAUGGAACCCAAUGCAAGAUGGUGGACGGGUGGCCCAAAUGUGUCCCCAAACCCUCGUGUGACAACGUCCGGUGUGGCCAUGGAACCCAAUGCAAGAUGGUGGGUGAUGGACCCAAAUGUGUCCCCAAACCCUCGUGUGACAACGUCCGGUGUGGACACAGAACCCAAUGCAAGAUGGUGGGUGAUGGACCCAAAUGUGUCCCCAAACCCUCGUGUGACAACAUCCGGUGUGGCCAUGGAACCCAAUGCAAGAUGGUGGAUGGGUGGCCCAAAUGUGUCCCCAAACCCUCGUGUGACAACGUCCGGUGUGGCCAUGGGACCCAAUGCAAGAUGGUGGAUGGGGGACCCAAAUGUGUCCCCAAACCAUCAUGUAGGAACAUCCGGUGUGGCCAUGGAACCCAAUGCAAGAUGGUGGAUGGGUGGCCCAAAUGUGUCCCCAAACCAUCAUGUAGGAACAUCCGGUGUGGCCAUGGAACCCAAUGCAAGGUGGUGGGUGAUGGACCCAAAUGUGUCCCCAAACCCUCGUGUGACAACGUCCGGUGUGGCCAUGGAACCCAAUGCAAGAUGGUGGGUGAUGGACCCAAAUGUGUCCCCAAACCAUCAUGUGACAAGAUCCGGUGUGGACAUGGAACCCAAUGCAAGAUGGUGGACGGGUGGCCCAAAUGUGUCCCCAAACCCUCGUGUGACAACGUCCAGUGUGGCCAUGGGACCCAAUGUAAGAUGGUGGACGGGUGGCCCAAAUGUGUCCCCAAACCCUCGUGUGACAACGUCCGGUGUGGCCAUGGGACCCAAUGCAAGAUGGUGGAUGGGUGGCCCAAAUGUGUCCCCAAACCAUCAUGUAGGAACAUCCGGUGUGGCCAUGGAACCCAAUGCAAGGUGGUGGGUGAUGGACCCAAAUGUGUCCCCAAACCAUCGUGUGACAACGUCCGGUGUGGCCAUGGAACCCAAUGUAAGAUGGUGGGUGAUGGACCCAAAUGUGUCCCCAAACCAUCAUGUGACAAGAUCCGGUGUGGACACAGAACCCAAUGCAAGAUGGUGGACGGGGGACCCAAAUGUGUCCCCAAACCCUCAUGUGACAACGUCCGGUGUGGCCAUGGAACCCAAUGCAAGAUGGUGGGUGAUGGACCCAAAUGUGUCCCCAAACCCUCGUGUGACAACGUCCGGUGUGGACAUGGCACCCAAUGCAAGAUGGUGGAUGGGUGGCCCAAAUGUGUCCCCAAACCCUCGUGUGACAACGUCCGGUGUGGACACGGAACCCAAUGUAAGAUGGUGGGUGAUGGACCCAAAUGUGUCCCCAAACCAUCAUGUGACAAGAUCCGGUGUGGACAUGGAACCCAAUGUAAGAUGGUGGACGGGUGGCCCAAAUGUGUCCCCAAACCAUCAUGUGACAACAUCCGGUGUGGCCAUGGAACCCAAUGCAAGGUGGCCGAUGGGUGGCCCAAGUGUGUCCCCAAACCAUCGUGUGACAACGUCCGGUGUGGCCAUGGAACCCAAUGCAAGGUGGCCGAUGGGUGGCCCAAGUGUGUCCCCAAACCAUCGUGUGACAACGUCCGGUGUGGCCAUGGAACCCAAUGCAAGAUGGUGGGUGAUGGACCCAAAUGUGUCCCCAAACCAUCAUGUGACAACGUCCGGUGUGGCCAUGGAACCCAAUGCAAGAUGGUGGACGGGGGACCCAAAUGUGUCCCCAAACCAUCAUGUGACAACGUCCGGUGUGGCCAUGGAACCCAAUGCAAGGUGGCCGAUGGGUGGCCCAAGUGUGUCCCCAAACCAUCGUGUGACAACGUCCGGUGUGGCCAUGGAACCCAAUGCAAGAUGGUGGACGGGUGGCCCAAGUGUGUCCCCAAACCCUCAUGUAACAAUGUCCGGUGUGGCCAUGGAACCCAAUGCAAGGUGGUGGAUGGGGGACCCAAAUGUGUCCCCAAACCAUCAUGUGACAAGAUCCGGUGUGGACAUGGAACCCAAUGUAAGAUGGUGGACGGGGGACCCAAAUGUGUCCCCAAACCAUCAUGUGACAAGAUCCGGUGUGGCCAUGGAACCCAAUGCAAGAUGGUGGACGGGUGGCCAAAAUGUGUCCCCAAACCCUCAUGUGACAACGUCCGGUGUGGCCAUGGAACCCAAUGCAAGAUGGUGGACGGGUGGCCAAAAUGUGUCCCCAAACCCUCAUGUGACAACGUCCGGUGUGGCCAUGGAACCCAAUGCAAGAUGGCCGCCGGGGGUCCCAGUGACAUCCAGUGUGAGAAGGGAACCACGUGUCAGAUCAUCCAUGGUUGGCCACGCUGUGCCCAAUCCAAGGUGUCCAUCAGGAGAGCAUCCUGCAAUGACCUCCAGUGUCCCCAAGGGACCACGUGCAAGAUGCUGGAUGGUCAACCACAGUGUGUCCACAAUGAACCGUCCUGUAGUGACAUCCAAUGUGAGAAGGGAACCACGUGUCACAUGGUCAAUGGUUGGCCACAGUGUGUCCAACCCAAGAUGCCACUGAGGGCUCCUUCAUGUAGUGACAUUCACUGUCCCCAAGGGACCGUGUGCAAGACACUGGUUGGUCAACCACGGUGUGUCCACAACCCCCCAUCCUGCCAGGACAUCCAAUGUGAGAAGGGAACCUCGUGUCAGAUCAUUGAUAAUUGGCCACAGUGUGUCCAAUCCAAGACGUCCAUCAGACCAUCUUGCAAUGACAUUCACUGUCCCCAAGGGACCACGUGCAAGAUGCUGGAUGGUCAACCACGGUGUGUCCACAACCCCCCAUCCUGCCAGGACAUCCAGUGUGAGAAGGGAACCACGUGUCAGAUCAUCCAUGGUUGGCCACGCUGUGUCCAACCCAAGACGGUUCUCAGGACACCAACUUGUAGAGACGUCCAUUGUCCCCAAGGGACCAGGUGCCGGAUGCUCCAGGGGUGGCCUCAGUGUGUCCAUCACCAACCGACCUGCAGUGACAUCCAGUGUGAGAAGGGAACCACGUGUCAGAUCAUCCAUGGUUGGCCACGGUGCAUCCAAGUCAAGACCUCCAUGAGAAGACCAACUUGUGUGGACACCCCGUGUCCCAAAGGGACCACGUGCAAGAUGCUGGAUGGUCAACCACAGUGUGUCCAUAAUCCCCCAUCCUGCCAGGACAUCCAAUGUGAGAAGGGAACCACGUGUCAGAUCAUCCAUGGUUGGCCAAGAUGUGUCCAGUCCACGAUUUCCCUGAGGGCACCUUCAUGCGGUGACAUUCACUGUCCCCAAGGGACCACGUGCACAGUGACCAAUGGGUGGCCCCAGUGUGUCCACAACCCCCCAUCCUGCCAGGACACCCAAUGUGAGAAGGGAACCACGUGUCACGUGGUCAAUGGGUGGCCACGCUGUGUCCAACCCAAGACGUCCAUCAGGAGACCUUCUUGUAGUGACACCCAGUGUCCCCAAGGGACCACGUGCAAGAUGCUGGAUGGUCAACCACAGUGUGUCCAUCACCAACCGACCUGCAGUGCCAUCCAAUGUGAGAAGGGAACCACGUGUCACAUGGUGGAUGGGUGGCCACGCUGUGUCCAAUCCAAGACGUCCAUCAGACCAUCUUGCAAUGACAUUCACUGUCCCCAAGGGACCAGGUGCCGGAUGCUCCAGGGGUGGCCCCAGUGUGUCCAUCACCAACCGACCUGCAGUGACAUCCAAUGUGAGAAGGGAUCCACGUGUCAGAUCAUUGAUGGGUGGCCCAAAUGUGUCCAAUCCAAGACAUUUACCAGGCGGCCAUCUUGCCAGGAUGUUCAUUGUCCCCAAGGGACCACGUGCAAGAUGCUGGAUGGUCAACCACAGUGUGUCCACAACCCCCCAUCCUGCCAUGAUGUCCAGUGCCAGAAGGGAGCCACGUGUCACAUGGUGGAUGGGUGGCCACGCUGUGUCCAAUCCAAGACAUCCCCAAGGAGACCAACCUGCAGGAGUAUCCACUGUCCCAAAGGGACCACGUGCAAGAUGCUGGAUGGUCAACCACGGUGUGUCCACAACCCCCCAUCCUGCCAGGACAUCCAAUGUGAGAAAGGAUCCACGUGUCAGAUCAUCCAUGGUUGGCCACGCUGUGUCCAAGUCAAGACCUCCAUGAGAAGACCAACUUGUGGGGACACCCAGUGUCCCAGAGGGACCACGUGCAAGAUACUGGAUGGUCAACCACGGUGUGUCCACAAUGAACAGUCCUGCAGUGACAUCCAAUGUGAGAAGGGAACCACGUGUCACAUGGUUAAUGGGUGGCCACGCUGUGUCCAAUCCAAGGUGUCCAUCAGGAGAGCAUCCUGUAAUGACCUCCAGUGUCCCCAAGGGACCACGUGCAAGAUGCUGGAUGGUCAACCACGGUGUGUCCACAAUGAACCGUCCUGCAGUGACAUCCAAUGUGAGAAGGGAACCACGUGUCACAUGGUCGAUGGUUGGCCACGCUGUGUCCAAUCCAAGACGUCCAUCAGACCAUCUUGCAAUGACAUUCACUGUCCCCAAGGGACCAUGUGCAAGAUGCUGGUUGGUCAGCCACGGUGUGUCCACAACCCCCCAUCCUGCCAGGACAUCCAAUGUGAGAAGGGAACCACGUGUCAGAUCAUCCAUGGUUGGCCACGCUGUGUCCAACCCAAGACGGUUCUCAGGACACCAACUUGUGGAAAUGUCCGUUGUCCCCAAGGGACCAGGUGCCGGAUGCUCCAGGGGUGGCCCCAGUGUGUCCAUCACCAACCGACCUGCAGUGACAUCCAGUGUGAGAAGGGAACCACGUGUCAGAUCAUUGAUGGGUGGCCAAGGUGUGUCCAACCCAAGACGUCCCCAAGGGGACUGACUUGCAGUGACCUCCAGUGUCUCAAAGGGACCACGUGCAAGAUGCUGAAUGGCCAACCACAGUGUGUCCAUCACCAACUGUCCUGUAGCAACAUCCAAUGUGAGAAGGGAACCACGUGUCACAUCAUCGAUGGGUGGCCACGGUGCAUCCAAGUCAAGACGUCUAUCAGAAGACCAACUUGUGGGGACACCCAUUGUCCCCAAGGGACCACGUGCAAGAUGCUGGAUGGUCAACCACAGUGUGUCCACAAUGAACCGUCCUGCAGUGCCAUCCAAUGUGAGAAGGGAACCAUGUGUCACAUGGUGGAUGGGUGGCCACACUGUGUCCAAUACAAGAUGUCCCUGAGGGCAACUUCAUGUAGUGACAUCCACUGUCCCCAAGGGACCAUGUGCAAGAUGCUGGAUGGUCAACCACGGUGUGUCCAUCACCAGCCGUCCUGCAGUGACACCCAAUGUGAGAAGGGAACCACGUGUCAGAUCAUCCAUGGUUGGCCAACGUGUGUCCAAUACAAGACGUCCCUGAGGGCAACUUCAUGUAGUGACAUCCACUGUCCCCAAGGGACCACGUGCACGAUGGUGGAUGGUCAACCACAGUGUGUCCAUCACCAACCAUCCUGCAGUGUCAUCCAAUGUGAGAAGGGAACCACGUGUCACAUGGUCAAUGGGUGGCCACGCUGUGUCCAAUCCAAGAUGUCCCCAAGGAGACCGACCUGCAGGGACACCCAAUGUCCGGAGGGGACCUCGUGCACAGUGACCAAUGGGUGGCCCCAGUGUGUCCGUCACCAACCGUCCUGUCAUGACGUCCAAUGUGAGAAGGGAACCACGUGUCAGAUCAUCCGUGGUUGGCCGAGAUGUGUCCAACCCAAGACGUCCCCAAGGAGCGCGACCUGCAGGGGCCUCCGGUGUCCCCGCCAGGCGCCCACGUGCCGCGUGAUCCACGGGUGGCCCCGCUGUGUGCGGGUGACGCGGGACGUGCCCGUCCCCUCCUGCGCCGGGGUCACCUGCGCGCCCGGGGCCGCGUGUCACCUGCUGGACGGGUGGCCCAAAUGUGUCCCCAAGGAGCCCUCGUGUGCCCAGACGCCUUGUCCACCCGGGUCCUCCUGCCAGGUGGUGGGAAUGUCCCCCAGAUGUGUCCCCAACAGCCCAUCGUGCAACGAUGUCCCUUGUCCAAUGGGGACAACGUGUCAGAUGGUGGGAAACACCCCCAAAUGUGUCCCCAACAGCCCAUCGUGUAAUGAUGUCCCUUGUCCAAAGGGGACAAAGUGUCAGAUGGUGGAUAACACCCCCAGAUGUGUCCCCAACAGCCCGUCCUGCAGUGACAUGAAUUGUCCAGAGGGGACAACGUGCCAGAGGGUGAAAAACACCCCCAGAUGUGUCCCCAACAGCCCAUCGUGCAACGAUGUCCCUUGUCCAAAGGGGACAACAUGUCAGAUGGUGGAAAACACCCCCAGAUGUGUCCCCAACAACCCAUCCUGUGUUGACAUGAAUUGUCCAACGGGGACAACGUGUCAGAUGGUGGGAAACACCCCACGAUGUGUCCCCAACAACCCAUCAUGCAAUGAUGUCCCUUGUCCAAUGGGGACAACGUGUCAGAUGGUGGGAAACACCCCCAGAUGUGUCCCCAACAACCCAUCCUGUGACAACGUCCCUUGUCCAACGGGGACGAGGUGCCAGAUAGUGGAAAACACCCCCAGAUGUGUCCCCAACAACCCAUCCUGUGACAAUGUCCCUUGUCCAACUGGGACAAAGUGUCAGAUGGUGGGAAACACCCCCAGAUGUGUUCCCAACAACCCAUCAUGCAAUGAUGUCCCUUGUCCAGAGGGGACAACAUGUCAGAUGGUGGAAAACACCCCGCGCUGUGUCCCCAACAACCCGUCCUGUGACAACGUCCCUUGUCCAAAGGAGACAACGUGUCAGAUGGUGGGAAACACCCAACGAUGUGUCCCCAACAACCCAUCGUGCAACAAUGUCCCUUGUCCAACUGGGACAAAGUGCCAGAUGGUGGGAAACACCCCCAGAUGUGUCCCCAACAACCCGUCCUGUGACAACGUCCCUUGUCCAAAGGGGACAACGUGUCAGAUGGUGGAAAACACCCCCAGAUGUGUCCCCAACAACCCAUCCUGCGGUGACAUGAAUUGUCCAGAGGGGACAACAUGUCAGAUGGUGGGAAACACCCCCAGAUGUGUCCCCAACAACCCAUCAUGCAAUGAUGUCCCUUGUCCAACUGGGACGAAGUGCCAGAUGGUGGAAAACACCCCCAGAUGUGUCCCCAACAACCCGUCCUGUGACAAUGUCCCUUGUCCAAAGGGGACAACGUGUCAGAUGGUGGAUAACACCCCACGGUGUGUCCCCAACAGCCCAUCCUGUGACAACAUCCCUUGUCCAAUGGGGACGAAGUGCCAGAUGGCGGGAACGUCCCCGCGCUGUGUCCCCUCGCCCCGCCCCCCGCUGGUGUGCCACGUGCUGAGCCGCUGGCGCUACCGCAGCUUCGAGGCGCGGGCGCGGGCGCUGGGCGGGCGCUGCGCCCACACGCUGCUGCGCCUCUGCGGCGGCCCCGCGGGCGCCCCGCGCGUCACCGUCACCGUGGGCGGGCAGGUGGGCGCGGGGCCCGGCGCCACCUUCGGACACGUCACGCUGAGCGGGGACGGCUACGAGGUGACGCUGCUGCGAGGAGAGGAGACGGCGGCCAGGGUGUCGGGGCGCCGGGUGCGGCUGCCGCUGCGCCUGGGGGGGCUGCGGGUGGAGCGGCGGGGGGGCCAGCGGCGGGUGACGACGGCGGCCGGCGUGCGGGUGGCCCUGGGCAGGGACGGCGCCGUGACGGUGACAGCGCCGGCGGAGCUGCAGGGACAGCUGUGCGGGAUCUGCCAGCCGGGGCGGGCGUGCGCCCCAUCCUGCUUGGCCACGGCCCCUCCGGAGUCAUGUGACCCUGUCCACAGCCCCGCCCACAGCCCCCCCCGGUGUCCCGGGGCCCACGUGUGUCCCCAAGGCCGGAGCGCGGCGACGGCAGCGGGACCUGCUGAGGG